UCAGACGAGACUUGAUAAUAUUCAUCAUGUAUUAGUACAGUUCAAAAGGAAAGUAGCAUUGCACCAGUCUCAAAAUAGAUUACUUACAGUAUGUUCUUACACAGAAGCAAAAGUAAAUUAAUGAACUUACAGUAUGUUCUUACACAGAAGCAUAUACAACUCUGUUUUUUGUUUUCAAAGCUUUUGACUCAUUUGGUUUAUAAUAAGUUCUCUCCUUCAUAGUCUCUCACAUCUCUCUCUCUCUCUCCAAGUACUACACUCACCUUCCAUACUCUAGCUCUCUCUCUCUCUCUCUCUCUCUUCCAACGUCCUCCAUGGCUGAAAAUGAAGAUGAUGUUGUCCUUCCUCGUUUCUUCAAGGUUUUCCUCUCAGAAACAGCCUCUGAAUCAAUGGCCAUCCCAAUGUCCUUUAAUGAGCAUCUUGAAGAUCCACUUCCACAGAAAGCUAAGCUCCAAGGCACUGGAGGUGGAGUUUGGACUGUGACCUUCACCACAAUACGUGACUGUGCUUAUUUCACAUCUGGAUGGUCCAAAUUUGCAGAGGACCAUGAACUCAAGGACGGUGAGUUCUUGACCUUUGUCUAUGACGGUCACCACACCUUUGAAGUGAGUGUCUUCGGUCAUGGUCGUUGUAAAGAGACAAGAGCUGUGGUGGAGACAGUGGACCUUUCUGAUUCUGGUGAAGAAGAAGAAGAAGAAGAUUCUUCAGUGGAAGAUGAUGGUGAAGUUGAAAAAGUGAGCCAGAGUAUCUAUCCUGUUGACAGCAACCAGACAGUAUCAGAUGAUGCAGUUGUUGCAUGGCUUUCGAGUAUGGAGGUCACUGGAAAUCCAUGCUUUACCACCAACCUCAAGCAGAGGACAUAUGAGCUGUUGAUUCCGGCAAAUGUGGUUAGAGAACAUGCGCUUACGUUUGGAGACAACAUCAAGUACAUUGAUGCAGAAGGGGUCAUGAAAGGGGUAAGAGGGAAGUGGGCUGAGGAUAGGGUUUGCUUCAAAGGAUGGGACAGUAUCUGUAGGAGGAACAGGCUUAAAGAGCGAGAUACAGUCAACUGCGAGAUGCUUCAUAUCAGGAAGAAAGUUCACUCAGUCAAAAUCACAGUCACAUGUGGUUGAGUCUCUUAUCAUCAGCUCAUCACCAUCAUUAUCAAGAUACAACGGGAGACAUGCUUAAAAAAAAAAGCCACAGAGGCAUUCCAUAGUAAGCAUUCAAAAUACAACAAAAACAUCAAUAAGUUCAUAACAGUCCUGAAACAAACAAACAUGACUGUUAUGAACUUAUUGAUGUUUCUGUUGUAUUUUGAAUGCUUAUUAUGUAGUGCCUCUGUGGCUUUCUUUUAACUAUGUUUCCUGUUGUAUCUUGCAUGCUUAUUAUGUAAUGCAUCUGUGAAUUUUUAAGUAUGUUUUUUAUAGUAUUUUGAAUGCUUAUUAUGUAAUGCAUCUGUGGAUUUUAAAGUAUGUUCCAUAUAGUAUUUUGAAUGCUUAGUAUGU